UCAGAAAUAGCCUCUCCCGUUUCAUCCUUCUCCUCCAAGGAUCAUGUCUCAGUUCGUGCAGCUUCAACAAAUCAAGUGAUAGCUAAGUCGCUUACGUCCACGGAACUGGAAGCUGCAAGUUCUCAUGGCAUUGCUUGAUGGAGUAACCUAUGGUCAAAUGGGCUCCGUUAGAUACAAAAUGUUUGUUAGUACAUGGAAUGUUGGAGGGAUACCGCCCACUGAUGAUCUGGAUUUGGAGGAUUGGUUGGACACCGGAAAGAGCUCGUAUGACAUCUAUGUUCUUGGGUUCCAGGAGAUCGUACCACUUAGCACCAGGAAUGUUCUUGGUCCUGAAAAGAUUCAGAUUUCCAUGAAGUGGAAGUCACUGAUAGGUGAAACACUAAACAAGUACCUCCACGAUCGAAAGAGGAUCCAGAAGUGUGAGCCAUUGGAGCACCAUAAGGAUGGCCACCACAAAGAGAGCAAAGCCCGAGAGUUCAGAUGCGUUGUGAGCAAGCAAAUGGUUGGAAUUUUAGUCUCGGUAUGGGUCAGGAAAGAUCUCCGGAACUACAUCAGUAAUCCAAGAGUCUCAUGCAUUGGUUGUGGCAUCAUGGGCUGCUUAAGGAAUAAGGGUUCAGUAUCUGUUAGAUUUUGCUUACAUGAAGCAAGUUUCUGUUUUGUCUGCUGCCAUUUGGCUUCGGGAGGAAAAGAAGCAGAUGAGAUGCGUAGGAAUUCAAAUGUGAUGGACAUAUUGUCAAGGACGUGCUUUUCUAGUGACGCUUCUAAUGAUCUGCCAAAGAAGAUCCUCAAUCACGAUCGUAUAGUGUUGUUUGGGGAUUUGAACUAUAGGAUCUCAAUGCCGUAUGCGGAGACCAAGACGCUCGUGGAGCAGAAGCAGUGGAAUGUGUUGUUAGAUAAAGAUCAGCUAAGGUUUGAGUUAUCCGAGGGCCGAGCAUUGGAAGGUUGGAACGAGGGCGUGAUCACGUUCUCUCCCACGUACAAGUAUCUUCCAAACUCCGAUGAGUAUUGCUGGCACGUUCAUGGUAGAAAUGGAGAACGAAGACGUGCUCCUGCAUGGUGCGAUCGAAUACUAUGGCUUGGUGAAGGAUUGAAGCAAAAGCGGUACGACCGAUGCGAGGUGAAGUUUUCGGACCACCGACCGGUGCGAUCAAUCUUCACUACCGAAGUCGACGCCCUGCAAAUUUGAUGGCUUCUUCUUGCCACUGAUUUGCUAUAGCAAAAUGGCGUAGGAAAUGGAACACCAAGUUUGCUUAUCUGAUCUCAAAUCCAUGAUUGAAAAGCUUAGAUUUCCGUACCAUUGCUAAGAGACGAUGCUCUUUGUUCAUCUAGUGAUCUUUGAACG